AUGAGCCAAGCGCAAUCUCUCGAAUGCGCGCAAGCAUUAUUGAUCAAUGAUAUGCCAGAUACAACCGCUCGAGGCAAUGUUGCUCCUUCUCAUUCGAAUAAUUAUCAUACUCUUUCCAUACAUUCAUCAUUAUCUGAUAUACCAUCCACCAAAACAUUCGAAAGUCCUUCACUGAAAGACACCGAGGCUCCUUCAUCUACACCAACAAAUACCUUGUAUUCUUCGUCUCCAAGUAGUUUCUGUCCCUCAGAGCUGCUACCGAUGAAGAUGGCCGACAAUGACACGUUUUCAGGAAGCUCAGAUGAUAAACAUCCUAAAUCCAAGAAGAAGCACCAAAAUCGAGAGCACGACAGCGAUUCUAAUAGUUUCCAGAAAGAAUCCAAGUCGAAGAAGAAGCACCGAGUUCAUGAUCAUCAGGAAAAAAAUCAAUUUCCAGAAGAGACCGACAGAAAGAAUAAAUCAAAAUCAAAGAAGAAGAAAUCAAAGUCCAAAUCGACCAGAGAUGAAGUUUCAGAUAUGCCACCUUCAGACCAAGCCCAUUCCUCUUUGGGGAAAGCAUCUAAUACGAAGAAGAAGAGGAGAUACGAGGAAACGAUGGAAACCUAUUCAUCCAACCAAAUUCCGUCCAAAUCUUCCGCACGUUCUUCCAAACCCAAGGCCAAGAAGAAUAAGGUCAAGCAACCACGCCAAAGGGAUUCAGAUCUAUCUGAUGGUUUUGAGUCCGAUUUGCAACUGCAAACUGUUUCUUGCUACGCCCAACUACAACUACCCACCAACCUAGAUAGAUUUGAAACCUUUAUUGACAAAGGAUGCAUACUCGAUGAGCAAGAUUAUCCCACUUAUCCUAACAGCAACACAGUCUUUGUGUUGAAACCUGAGGACAACAUUACAAACUUCCACUUCGUAGGGUGGACUCACACCAUGAAAGUCGACACACUCCACAAACCACAGUGGAUUAUCCAUCAAUACAACUGCCUUGGUGUGAUGCAGUGUUCUGAAGCUGGCUGCCGCCUUGCUCGAUCACCUCCUACCGGCCACAAGAAGAUUGAAGAAGAAUUGAAUGUAUGUACACCAUGCCCCAUCAAGGAAUGCAAAGGGAUUCAGGUCCAUGUGCCUUGUAACGCACAAUGCCAAUUUGACUUUGAGGAAGGAGGAUGGACAUUGCUGCAACAUCAAGGUUAUCAUCGCCAUGUUUGGCCAGACGCCAAAAAGGCGGAUCCAAUCGCCAAAGAUAAGCUGAAGGAGAUGGUUCUCAACGAUCCUAAACGUGGACCAACGGGGAUGAAGGUGGGCCAGGGAAAUAUUGGCACACAUCCCAUUAAGUCUGUGACAGAUCUACAUCCAUCUUUUGGACAUACCGACCUGCUAGGGUAUUUGCGGCGUGAUAUACUCACGACAGCAGGUCUAAUAGACGAUAAGCAGGACAAAGAGGGCGCCGAUAAGUGGAUGACUUCAUUGGGGCAUUGGGCAAAGCAUGGCUUAAGAUUGCCGUCAUCUUCUUUGAUGCGUGAAAAUCGACACAUAUCAUUCCAGAGUCCGUGGAUGGAGGAAGUUCUACUAUACAAAGAUAAGAGUGGCGAGUCUUAUGAGGGUGGCCUACUCUCCGACGUAACAUACAAGUUCUUCCAACACGGAUAUCUACUUUCGACCUCCAUGUACAAUUCUCGAAUUGAACGUUGGGUUCCAGUCCUUCUAACAUGGCUUGCCGGUCUUGAAACAGGUCACUACAAGGUCCACUUUGUAACACUAUUCAAUCUUAUCAAUAACAAGGCAAAAACAGAUCAGCAAAAGAAAAGACUUUUAGAUCAAGUAGUAGAUUUUUCAUUAGCUCAGAAGAAUGGAUUCAUUGAGGCGUACAUGGAGGUAUUCCGGGUGUCAUACAAGGUUGCACUGUCGCAUUUGCACGGCUGUGAACAGCACUAUAUGCAGGCGAUCACACGAAUCAAGAAGAAUCACUUGAUUGUGCGACCUGAUCAAGAAGGUGCUUGGGUCUCCAUGUGCAAAGGGUUGCUAUUGCACGAUGAGCCUGGGAAGGCUGACUUAGAAACAAAGUUUUGUAAACUUCACGCGAAGUUUCCACGCGCCAAGAGAUGGAUUGACUGGUGGAAGAUGGCCAACAUUCAAGCAAUGCUGUUUCCCGCGAGGAAGAGGAUUCCACAGGACGACCCACCCCUACCCCACAAGGACAGCGACGACGAAGAUUUUGAAUUUGAUGGGGCAAAGAGGAAAGGAAGGCAGUCAAAGUUGCCUAAGACCACCAACGGGCAAGAGUCAAUGCACCAAGUUUAUUACAUGCUUUGUGAUGUACCUUAG